UAAAAUAGAAAAUAAAAUAAACCUCAAGUUGAACUUUGGUGAUGGCAAUAAUAUAUACAGCGGCUCUCGUGUAUAUCCGUACGCUUUUAUCCCCUGUUAUAACCGAAGAUGCUUUGACACAGACAUAUAAUUCAGUCUCGAGGAAGCGCUUUCUAUUCUUGGCCUUGUACAUAGUUUAUUACUUUGCCUUGGCCUUCGAGUCCUUAACGACGCUCGCGCCGAUGAAGCUCUGGUGAAUAGCAUUUAUCGCCCAUCCCUGAAACCAUAUAGGGACUAUAACCGAGCCAUUUAUCGCCAGCAGUCCCAAUAUACGGUGAAACCACUUAAACUGAUAGAAUAUAGUAAAAUAACUGCGCGCCAGAAUUUCGUGACUUUGAUUCUCUGGCUGAUAGACCCAACAAAGACGGAACAAAUUUAUGACGAAAUUAACCUGUUGAAAUGUUCUCAAAUACAACAUCGUCAUAGAGGACAAAGAAAAAGGCGAUGGCGUUAUUUCACCUUUAUUCGCUUUAGCCUAAAUUCGGCAAAGUUCAAAUGACUGUACAGCUAUAUUUCGGCCGCCAUUUCGAGCAAUUAACUUUUAAUCAAACGAACAUUUCUGCUGCUGCUAGGCUACGGCGUGUGUAUAAUAGAAACUCUUGUGACUCUCCCAGUUCCGACCUGCCUAAUGAAUUCAAUUCAUAUGCUAUGCAAUCUUAUGGUGCUGGGACUCUACCGAUGGGGGUCGACGAACGGUUAGCGGCUCACGCAUCGCGCGGAUAGCGACAAAGACCUCGUCGACCUUCACCGUCUCGGCGUUCACCUCCAGACCGUGAGUUGCUCAAAGACUCGAAGAGUUUUCUUUCACGCUGUUUUUCUUUUUCUUUCUUUUUUUUCUUGGUACAAAGAGCGAUAAAGAAGUGAACGACCCCCUAUCUCCUCUAUCCGACACGGGAGACUUUUCGAGUCUUUUCCAAGGCCUUGAAAGAGUUGGAUAUAAGGAAAUGGAUAGACAAUUUCGGCCGUUCCCGUGUGUGUAGGAAUAUAAAAACCCAUAACGAUUUUCGAGAGCGUGAAAGAGUAAUAAAAAAAUGUUGCUAUGCGUUUGUAGGUCAAAGCACUCGUUGCUGCCUUCGCCUCUCUGUUGUUGCCUGGCGCUUAGCCUAGCUCGUAUAUUGAGUCAAUUUUUUAAAGUGAAAGUUCCUGUAUAGUAUUAGUAAGUGCGCUAAUGAUGGUGACUGCUGGGAGGAUGGCUGCUGGGCAAGUUCUUUGUUUGCAUUAUAGGACAACGUCGCCAAGAAACCCACGGCAUUGACAUUGGGUACGAAUUCAUCCGGGUACGCCGGCAGCACGGUCAUUCGUUCAUUCUAUUCACUUUACCUACUUAUUAUUGGAUAUUGGCUGUAUACGCUGAUGGGAACAUUUUUGAUCGUCACGAGGGUUUUGAAUUAUUCGCGGGAAUUCCCGGCUGAGACUAUCCAGUAUCGGAAGUGACCUGACAAUCACGAUCCUCCCUGCGGAGAAGUAUUAUUCGUUCUCAUCAUCAGAAAACUAUCACUUGGCAGCAAAGUCUCUUCGAGCUGCUAUUAUUGUCUCAUUGGACACGUAUACGCGGUUCUGUAUAAAGGACCAUUGCAACACUGAUGGGGUUUUAAGUUUACCCUUCAGCGCAACAGUAGCUAUUUUAGUACAUCAAAGCGAACUUUAACAACGGGUAAAAUACUGGGGUGUGAAUUCUCAUCACGAUUAAAUAUGCAAUCCGUCACGAGAACAAUUUUUUUCAAUUUCAUCUUCCGACUAUAAAAUGCCUUCAGUUCGCAGAGAUGUGAAUUCAGUCACUCUGAAUCAGUGGAUAUCGAGAAGAAGCUGCGCAAGUCUCUGAAUUUCUAUCAACGAAAAUUGACUUAACCAGCAGCAGGAAAAAUGCGUUGCUUUGUUACCUUGUUGUGCGUCUCCGUUGUAGUGGUUCACUGUAUUAACGCCCAAUACUAUUAUCCGUACUACCGCGAUGAUGUCAUCAAUCCUUAUCUCAACUACCCUGACGAUGGCGGGCAUGAAAACCGAAUUUUCUUCAACCAAAUUUUCAACGCAAUCACAUCUAUUUUUACAACGACAACAACUACAACGUCCACCUCGACAACCACUUGCACGGUUUCGACGAAUUUAAAAUGCCCCCGUAAAAGGUUUCUGCUGGUUGGCGAUCUAGAAGCCGAUAAUAUUGAACCUUCCGCCGUAAACAAGGUUGAGAUCACGCCACUUGCCGAAAUGGAAACUUUGGUCAGGAAUGAACGCAAAGCUGAUCCGCAAUAUCCAUUUUGGCGUGUCGACCCGGUCUAUCCGGGUUAUCCGUUGUACGAUAUUCAAUCGACUUUUGGCCAACCCGCUUAUCCUGUGAAUCCGUACAUGAGGCCACCGGUCGUCGCCGCCGAUCCUCGUUUCUUCAUUGUCAACGUCGUAACUCGGACCUCCACCAGCACGUCCACUUUCAGGUCAACUCCGGCUUGUUCUUCGGCCAGCAACUUCAAUCAGUGUUAAAAGGCAGCAACUUUGUCCCAUCUAAAACAUCCGAAACUUUCCCCCACUAUUUAAACAGUUAAAUUUUAAUGUAGUUAAGGUGUGGCAGCAAAAAUGAGAACCGAUAACAAUAUUGAUAAAAUGUGAUUGAAAGAAUAAAAUGUAUUGAUCCCUGGAGCAAACGGAGAUAAAAUCUUUUACCGAGCAACA